ACUAUAUCACCUUAGAAUAGGAAAAAGUAAUACUCACUUACCUUCGAUUUCCUGAAAAAAAACAGAAUAAACAGUUAAACACCCGAAUUAUAAAUAUGAUGACGUCAUCUUCAAUACAAAUAUAAAUGUUGAUUAUCGGAAAUUAAACUUUUUGAUUUCAAAAGGGCAAAUGCAUGAUUUUAUGGAUUACUGCCUUCGUACAUAUUUCAAAACAAUUGGUUGGAAUGACGAUAAUCAAUAUUCUAACUUAUGUUCAGCUUCACGAGCUAUAUUGGACUUUCAAACACCACGCGGCUUAACAUUUGCAAUAUCUAAAAUUCAAUUUCCAUUACUCAAGGCCUCAUAUUCAAUGAACAUUUCACCAAUACUAAAUGGAUCAUUGGGGUAUCUAUUUACAUCACGACCAUUAAAAGUUGAUCCAAGUGAACAUGUAAAUUUUAUAGAAAUGAUCGAUAGAUUUCAUAUUAAUUAUGUUCCGAAGAAUUACCUCCAUGGGAACUUUGAUAAUAGUGAUAACUCUAAGAUUAAAGAUUAUUUACUUUAUGGACGCUUAUUUGUUCCAACUGGUCGUCUUGAAGCUAUUUACUCUAGAAAAUUUUCUCAAUGGAUGCAAUGCGUCGUCACAGCUGUUAGUGAUCCAAGAUCAAAAGCAGCUUCACACGUUACUACAGAAUUACAAUAUGAUGUUGGACAAUGGUGUACUGAAUUGUCUUAUACAACCGAUGGAGAAUUGUUCGGUGUAAGAGGAUUAUAUAAUUUUACAAAUUACAAUCAAGAAGAAAUAAGUACGAAUUCAAAUAAUGAAGAAUCGAUUGUACAGAAUAAAAUGAAAAAGAAAGUCAAAGAUAUCGAAACACCUUUAGUUGAAAGAAAUGUGUUUGAUGUACCAUCCGAGUCUGAAGAUGACGAAGAAGUAGAAGCACUGAAAGGAGAAUGGUCUAUUGGUGCUGAAUUAUAUUAUGGUAUAAGAGAAAGAAGUGGUGGAGUUUCCGCUGGGAUACGUUAUCGAACACUUCCACAAUUUUCAUCACAGUCUCCUCUUAGCGUAACUUACUUGAUUAAUCCAAUUAUGGGUCAUAUGUCAGCUGCAUUUGCUGCGCAAGUAUCUGAUGACUUAGCAUUAUGCCCAAGAUUUGAUUUUAAUAUGUAUAGCUAUGAGAGCGAUUUGAUAAUUGGUGCUGAAUGGUGGCAAAGAGAAAAAAGUGACAUUGAAUGCGAAAAUCAAUCGAAUGAUGAUACUGUUAAUAAGAUGGUUUUACAAGGUGAAGUGAAUGGAAUUGUAAAAGCUACAGUAGGAACUUCUAGAGGUGUCACUCUUUUAUGGGAAGGAAGAUAUGGGAAAACGUUGUUUAGUUUAGGGUUAAUAGCGGAUUUAACUUCUAAAAUAUCACCUAUACGGUCAAUUGGAUUACAAUUUCAGUACUUUUCAUAAGAGAAAUAAUUGGUCAACUAUUUUAUUUAUAACAAUCCGUGAUAUUAAUUGCUGUGAUGCUGUCCCUGAUAGUGAUCUUAGAGGCAAAUUAAUCUUUGUAAAAUAUAAUUUAUAAAAA